AUGGCCGAGCACUCAGAUGCCAUUAAUGCUAUCAAAGACAAGCUAAGAAAUCUGGAAGAUAGCACGUCACGACCUGGCAAUGCUUCAUUGACUGCGUACGACACGCCAGCAACUCCAGUACAGUUGGUCAAUCCUUCCCCAGGAGGCUCGACAUUUUCUCGCUUCAAUGAGUUGAUGCCCAUGCCGAUUCCUAUCGCACAUGGAUCAACUUCUGAAGAUCUUCUACGCUCGCGACAGUUGAAAGCACUACUGGGUGACUAUCCAAAGGACAUGUUGCUACGAAGAGAGCAAAAGCGAAAGCAACCAGAAGAGUUUGCACCGCGCAAGGAUACAUUGGCCGACCAGUUGGCGUUGCCCUUGGACACAUCAUGUACUGCAGAGUUGGUGAACAUCUACUUUGCCGUUGUAAAUCCUAGGCAUCCGGUUCUUGAGCAAGAAACCUUUGAUGUUACUGAUAAUUCAACUGAUGUACCAGGUGCAGCAGGCACGAAAAUAGCUUUGGUAUUGAUGGUUCUGACGCUGGCAAGUAUCUCUCAAGCCUCGCCCCAGGUCAUGAAAGACGGCGUAUCGCCAGGGAUCGAGUUUGCUCGACCAGCAAUUCAAUUUCUAUUCCGAGUGUGGCCAUCAUACUGUGAGACAGAUAUGGAACUAUGCCAGGCUCUAUAUCUGGCAGCAUCGUGGUACAACUACCUCUGCAGACCCCUGCAAGCAUGGCGUAUGAUACACAUGGCAUCGACUAACAUACAACAUGUAUUUCUACAAUAUGAAAGUCAAGAAGUAGAAGUUUCUCAGAAUCUUGUGCGACUAUGCUGGGCUAUUUUCCUCAUGGAGUGUGAUAUCCUUGCGGAAUACCAUCUUCCCCGAAGUGGAAUCGAGAACGUCGUGGAAAGAAUACCUUAUCCAAAAUGUGGCCCGAAUCCCGACCUUCACGUUCUUGCCUGGCUUGCGAACCUAUCCGCUCGCCGAUUAAUGAACUGUGUUCAUUUCACUGUUUACAACACCGCAAGCAGCGAUUUAAAUAAUUGCCAUGGGCAUAUUUUGGACUCACUACUGGACUCAGCCAAUGCAAAUGUUCUUAUCGGCAUCUCAGCAGAGCUCAACCACCAAUUGUACCUGUGGUGGGAUCUUCUUCCGCAACCUAUCAAGCCUGAACCGGAUGAUCUUGACCCAGAUGCUCACCAGGGAGACCUGAUGUUGCGUUUCUGGGCUUGCGGCGACAUUAUAUUCCGUCCUUUCCUUUAUAAAGUGUGUUCGAUGCCCCAAGGCUGGAUCCCAGAAGAAGCCCUCAUAGAGCCUGCCAUGAGCUGCAUAAAUCAUUGUCGUAAAUUCUUGCGGCUCGUCUCAUCGCUUACAAGGGUUCCAUCUCCUUUCACAUUGAUUAAUCUUCACUCGUAA